GGCUCAAGAUUCAUUGUCUGUUUCGUCGUGGUGAAGGUCUGUACAAGUAGAACAGAAAUUUCUGUGAGAUUUGUAGAGCUUCGGGCAGAGAUGGUGCUGUGUAAGAAGUCAUUCAGGUCACAAACAUUCCUCCGAAGAAUUAGGGGCAUUUGAUAUGGUAAGAUGAAUUGGGACUUGGGGUAGAUCGAUGUGUAAUAUGCUAUCGGAUGAGGUAUACUUGAUGUUUUCUAUCCCGUCCGCAAUAUUGGCCUCCUCAACAGCAACCGGUGGGGCCUCAACAUCGGUUUGUCGACGACUCGACCGAGUCUCGUGUCCAAUCCGGCGUGAUGAUGUUGAAAUAUCGGGAUUUCUAGCCUCGAAAAGUGCAGUAGACACUUCAUAAAGUUGUGAGUCGUCACGGGAUAUCACUAGUCGAGCAUU